ACGAUUCUAUUCGUAAGCCUCGAUGUCACAUGUGCGAGAGAAACAUGCACAAGUGAUGUAGACGCCGGUGUUGUUUGAGUAGUCAACAGUAUAUAGUUAUUUGAAGAGUAACAGAGAAAUGAUGUUCAUGUUGAUGUAACAGAAACAAACAUAUUGUUUAAGUGACGUUGCGUACAAAAUGUUGCCGGUUGCCACUGACGGCCAAACGACGGAAGUCUUUGGAAAGUUGUCAAACCCACUUAUCUUGGAGGUGGAACCCGUUGGUCGUUGGUUUGAAGCGUACACUCAGAGACUCCAGAACAAGCAUUCAGUAUCCCAUCAUUCCCGGUCUAGCUCCAGCUCUUCCGAGAGUGAGACUGAUAUCUAUGAUGAUGAUGAAUUCAGCGAGGCGCUGCUGCUGGGCUUAGACCCAAAAGAAUGGAAGCAUCAAGAUCACUAUGCAGUGCUAGGAUUGAAGAAUCUACGGUACAAGGCCUCAGAGGACCAGAUAAAGAGGGCAUAUAAAAGGAAAGUUUUGAAGCAUCACCCAGACAAGCGGAAGGCGAGAGGCUUGAAGGUGAAGGACGGUGAAGAUGAUUAUUUCACUUGUAUUACCAGAGCCUAUGAGGUUCUUGGUACCCCCUCUAAGAGACGGGCAUAUGACAGCGUUGAUCCAGAAUUUGAUGAUUCCGUACCAUCAGUUACAGCACACUCAAAAGAAGAUUUCUAUGAAACCUUCACAUCUGUGUUUGAAAGGAAUGCAAGGUGGUCAAAUAAGAAGCGAGUGCCCCCACUAGGAGAUGACAAUUCCACAUUUGACGAAGUCAACGACUUCUAUGGAUUUUGGUAUGAAUUUGAUUCAUGGAGAGAAUAUUCAUAUUUAGAUGAAGAAGAAAAAGAAAAGGGUGAAAAUCGGGAUGAAAGAAGAUGGAUUGAAAAGCAGAACAAGGCUGCUCGACAGAAGCGGAAGAAGGAAGAGGUUUCAAGGAUACGAUUGUUAGUUGACAAUAGCUAUGCCUGUGAUCCUCGAAUACAGAAGUUUAAAGAUGAGGAGAAGGAGAAGAAGUUGGCAGCCAAACGGGCCAAGCAGGAAGCAGCACGGUUAAGGGCGGAGGAGGAAGAUAGAGUUCGAAGAGAAGCAGAGGAAGAGGAGAGGAGGAAGAAACAGGAAGAAGAUGAUAAAGCUAAAGCACAGGCUGCUGCAGCCAAGAAGGAGAGAGAAGCUCAGAAGAAGGCGCUGAAGAAGGAGAGGAAGACUAUGCGAACUGUGAUAAAGGACUAUGAAUAUUUUGCCAGUGACGAGAAGGAAAGGUUGGACUAUAUGACGGAGGUUGACAAGUUGGCGGAAAUAUUGUCACUCACAAAGUUACAGUCCUUGAAUGAAUCUCUUAACUGUGGGGACAAGGAGAAGGCUAAAGAUGCUUUCCUGAAACAUGCGAAAGAAGUGAAUGACGGCAUUGAGCGUGAGAAGCGGGAGCAGAUCGAGGCCAUGUCUAAGAGCAGCGGGAGUGACAGUAACAAGGGCAAGAAGACAUGGACAGAGGAAGAGUUGUCUUUCCUUAUCAAGGCCGUCAACCUCUUCCCAGCAGGAACUAAAGACAGGUGGGAGGUGAUAGCCAAGUUUAUAGGGCAGCAUGUGGAUGGUAGCAAUAAAACUGCCAAGGAUGUACUAGGCAAGGCCAAGGAUUUACAGAAAAAUGACUCCUUCCUGAAGGAGGAAGCCCAGAAGAAGGCAUAUGAAAAGUUCAUGCACGAGCACAAGGCUGCUGCUUCUGGGAUGCAGGAUGUCCCCAGUGAGAGGAUGGAGAGUAUUGCUGAGCAGCAGAUCCGGGAGACCGGCACCAACCCUGCCCCCUGGACAUCAGAUGAGCAGAAGCUCCUGGAGCAAGCCCUCAAAACAUUCAACGCCAGUACACCUGACAGGUGGGAGAGGAUUGCCGAGUGUCUACCUCUACGCAGUAAGAAGGACUGCAUGAAGAGAUACAAGGAGUUGUGUGAAAUCGUUAAGGCCAAGAAAGCAGCACAGGAGGCAGCAAAGGGGAAGAAGACAUGACGACAGUGUCCGCUAGAUACCGAUGUUGUCUUGUCUGCUGUGGAUGUACAGUCUCUCACCAAUGUUUCGGACAAUCCCUGAGUGUACACAGUGUGUACGAUCAACGCUGUAGCUACAUGUUAACAUGAGUGUAUUGCUGUACAUCGAUACCCAUCUUUGGCUUGAGAACCCAAGCACCUCACAUCUGAGGGUUUACUGAGAAUACAACACUGAAACAGUCAAACGAGUUUUCCAUAUUUGAAAUACAUCUGUUGUCUACAAAAUUUAUUUAAGUUCUUUAACAACAAAGUCAUUGUUUGCGUUUGAUGAACUUCAAAAAUUAUAAAUAAUAGUACUGCAGCCAUAUUGAUGUAUCUCUUUUGAUGCAAUUUUGUAAAUGAAUUUUGAAAUAUUGAGGUUAAAUAUUAAUAUUGAGUACUGUUACAGUUUUUUCUGUUAAUAAAUCAUUAAUGAAAUAAUUUACAAAGUAUGAUUAAAUAUGUUGUUUGAAUUGUUUAAGAAUGAAAUGUGAGGCUUUUUCUUGUUCAGGAGGCUAUGGAUAUUCUGUCCCCGAUACUCUGUAGUGUUGUGUUAGUGGAUUUGUAACUCAGCUUACAAGCAUAAUACAUAACCAUGUGAGGCAUUCAUGGGGACUUGUUUGUGUGGGGUGAAUGAUAAGGUUUGUCCAUAUCCAUUUUCAUUUGUCAGCAUGUCCAUUAGCUAUUAAAAAUAUUGAAAAUUCUG